GAUUACCGAUAAUUACACUUCUAACAUAAAAAUAGCCAAUUUAUUGGACUGUAAAAAAGAUAAAUUUAUAUCAACACUAAUCUAUAACUAUAAAUGAUAACAGUUAUGUGGUAGUGAUAAUAUUUUUAAGUGUAUAUUUAGUAGUGUAAGUGAUAUGUCACGUGACAUUAGUAAUUACGAGUAACAAUUAUUAAAUUAUAUGAGAACAAAAUGGCAACUGUAAAAGUAUUUUCUAGAAGCAUAACAAGACUAUUAGUAAGCCGUAACUAUAUAUUGAAUAAACAUGUAAACGAAAGUACGUGGACUACAGGUAAUAUAGUAAAAUCACCAGCCAAAGAUGUGGAUUUACCCAAUACAUUGAUAUCUGAACAUAUAUGGGAGAAUUUGGACAAAUGGCCCGACAAGACUGCUGUUCUAUGUGGCAUUACAAAACGAUCCUUCACGUAUCAUGAACUGUACAAGAGUUCAAGGAAUCUGGCAGCAAAAUUGAGGAGUAGUCUUCAAAUACGAGAUGGCGAUGUUAUAUGUAUUAUGAUGUCAAACUCACCAGAUUAUGCAUUGGCCAUACUUGGAACACUGCAAGCUGGUGCUGAAGUGACUACAGUGAAUCCUAUUUAUACAGCUCAUGAAGUACAUAGACAGCUUUUGCUUUCAAAACCAAAAUUAGUAAUUGGCAAUCCAGAAACUAUUCCAGUUAUAAAAGAUGCACUUAAAUUGUCCAAGAUGAAUAUUCCUAUAAUUGCUUGUAAAGGAUACAUUAGUAAUGAAUUACCGGACGGUGUUAUAUCAUUAGAUGAACUAGCUAAUGCUGUUCAUGUAGAUUAUGAUGUCCUCAAAGAAGUUUCUAGAACGCCAGACGAUGUAGCUCUCUUACCAUAUUCCAGUGGCACAACAGGUCUUCCUAAAGGUGUAGAGCUGACUAAUAGAAAUAUCGUAUCAAAUUGUGCUCAGCAAAAUACUGUAGGACUAAGACACUACCAGGAUACCACAGGCUCUUAUCAGGAUGCGAUAUUGGCAGUUUUACCAUUUUAUCAUAUUUACGGCUUGUCAAUUAUUUUACUACAUAAGCUAUCGGUUGGAGUGAAAGUUGUUACUCUGCCUAAAUUUCAGCCACAGAGUCUUUUAACUACGUUACAGGAGCAGAAAAUUAGUAUAUUUUGUGCAGCGCCUCCACUGAUAUUAUUCUUGGGAUCUAAUCCUGAAGUCAAAAAUGAACAUUUAGAGAACAUAAACAUUAUCACAUGCGGUGCAGCACCGCUCCCAAAAUUAGACAUUUACCGAGUAUUGAGCAAAGCAAAGCAAAAUUUGGAUUUCUUGCAACUGUAUGGACUAACAGAAACAGCUCCAUUAGUUACAACUAUGCCAAAUAAUGGUAAGAACUACGUAACAGCUGGUGUUGCUAUUCCCAACACUGAAAUAAAAAUUGUAAAUAAUGACGGCAAUGCCUUGGGACCUAAUGAGGUAGGUGAACUAUUAGUACGAGGUCCUCAAGUUAUGAAAGGCUAUAGAAAUAAUGUGGAAGCAACAAAAAACGCAAUCACAGAAGAUGGAUGGUUUAAGACUGGUGAUAUUGCUUCUAUUGACGAGGAGGGCGCUGUUACUAUAACUGAUAGAGUUAAAGAAUUGAUAAAGGUGAAAGGUUAUCAAGUAGCACCCGCGGAGUUAGAAAGCAUUCUCCGAGAACAUCCCGAUGUUCAAGAUGCUGGUGUAGUUGGCGUGCCUGAUCCAAGAACCGGAGAAAUUCCGAAAGCAUUUGUCGUUGUAAAAGAGGGCUCUAAUGUUGAAGAAGCAAACAUAUUAAAUUACGUAUCAGAAAGAGUGGCUGAAUUUAAAAGAAUCAAAGAAAUCGUAUUCUUGGACAGUCUUCCAAAAAAUCCUUCUGGAAAACUCUUAAGAAGGGUCCUCAAAGAUAAACACGCUUAAAAUUGUAUAUGUUAAUUUUACUUCUAUUAACAAAUGAUAAAUGUAUAUUUUUGUAUUGAAUUAAAUUUUAUAUCUAG